AUGGACAUGGGAGCUGUCGUGUCGGAUGCCUCGAGAGGCGGGGGAAUUAUUUUCCCUGGCACAUCUUCCAUGGCAGCAAUGUCCGGGAUGUGGGACGGCGCGAACACGGCCAGCGCGUCUGGUAUGUCCCCCCCUCUCUCCUGGUAUAAUUCCCUUGUGGACAGUGGUGGAGCCAAGUUAGCCAACCCUGGUUACAACGGUGACCGAAUGGGAGAGAGGGACGGAGGCCAGGACUGA